AUGGCGUCUCUAGGGAGCUCUGCGCUCCUUUUUCGGCGCCUUGCACCGCGGCUUUCUAAAGAAUUAUUUACCUGCCGUCAAUGCCUUGUCCGGAGCCAAAACUUUGGCACCAAAAGGACUCUCCGCACUCCCUCCGGUCUCUCCAUUCAAAACAGCAGCAGGAUCAAUGCGACGUCCCUGAAGAGCCAAGCAAGGAAGGCCUUCGCACGAUGCGCCUCCGACUCCGCCGCUGUCAACGGUACAAAGUCAGAAGCGUCGAAAUCAAGUUUCCCCGAUGUGAGCAACAAGAGUGUUGCAUACUGGUUACUAGCCAGCGCGGCUAGUGUUUUCGGUAUCGUUGUCUUUGGAGGCCUUACAAGGCUAACAGAGUCUGGUUUGAGUAUCACCGAAUGGCGCCCUGUCACCGGAUCCCUUCCUCCCAUGAACGCCGCAGACUGGGAAUCCGAGUUCUCAAAAUACCGUGCUUCUCCCGAGUUCCAGCUUUUGAACCCUACAAUGACGCUCUCCGAAUUCAAGUCUAUCUACUACAUGGAAUGGAUCCACCGCCUCUGGGGUCGAUUUGUCGGACUCUCCUUCGUUCUCCCGGCUGUCUACUUUGUUGCUAGGAAAAGGGUCAGCAAGCCAAUGGCACUACGAUUAGCUGGUAUUGCAGGCUUGAUUGGAUUCCAGGGAUUUAUCGGUUGGUGGAUGGUCAAGUCCGGAUUGAAGGACGACCUUUUCGCUCCCGGCAGUCACCCCCGUGUCAGUCAGUACCGCUUGACAGCGCAUCUGGGUGCCGCCUUCGUCUGCUACACUGCAAUGCUUUGGAAUGGUCUUGCUAUUCUGCGGUCCCAUCGUCUUCUUUCUGACACUGAUGCUGGAAUUAAACUAUUGGACACACUCAAGGAUCCCAAGCUUAAGCUUUUCCGCCGAUCUGUUGCCGGUUUGGCCGCUCUUGUUUUCGUGACUGCCAUGUCCGGUGCUCUUGUCGCCGGUCUCGACGCCGGACUUAUUUACAAUGAAUUCCCCUGGAUGGGUAACGGACUUACACCUCCCAGGUCGGAGCUGUUUGAUGACAGAUAUUCUCGCCACGAGGACCGCUCAGACAGGUGGUGGAGGAACAUGCUCGAGAACCCUUCCCUUGUCCAAUUGGACCACCGUAUCCUGGCUAUGACAACAUUCACGUCCAUAAUGGCUCUCUGGGGCUACACGCGCAUGUCGCCUAACAUGAAGCGUUUCCUGCCACCCGCUGCGAAGAAGGGCGUUCACGGUGUCGUCGCCUUCGCUUGUGUGCAGGUCGGACUCGGUCUGACAACCCUACUGUACCUUGUUCCCACUCCCUUGGCUUCAGCUCACCAGGCUGGAAGCUUGUUCCUUCUUACUUGGGUUCUCGUGCUUGGUAGCCGUGUAUGGCACCCUUCACGAACCGCGAAGUUGCUGCAGAUGGCAGCAAAGGCGCGCGGCCACUCGUUGUCAAAUGCCGCGCGUCAGGCCGCUCCUAGGCUAUGA